GGGAGGAAGGAGUGCAUUGUAAAGCACCGUGAGGCUCCAGGAAGACAAGGGAAUGUCAGCGUAACCUGUAGAGUGCACCGCCGUGAGUCAGCACUAUUGACCCCCCAGCACCUUGAAGGAAGUAGCACUUGGCAAGAGUCUUCUCAUUUUCCAGGCUGCAGGUGUUGGAGCUCAGCAGAACCCAGGAAGAUGACCGAGCGGACGGCAAGAACCCAGGAAGAACCCAAGCAAGGCAGAGUCAUCACUGUGGUCUUUGUGGCUAUGCUCAUCGACCUUUUGGGCUUUACGCUUAUCUUGCCUCUCUUGCCUUCCAUAUUGGAUCAUUACAGCAAGUCUAAUGAUGGCCUUUAUCAGACGUUACAGAGCACAGUGGACUGGUUUGCUGAAACGGUUGGGGUUCCCCAGGAGAGGAAAUACAACAGCGUUCUGUUUGGAGGUCUUAUUGGGUCCCUUUUCUCCCUACUGCAGUUUCUCUGCUCACCGCUCACUGGAGCAGCCUCUGAUUAUGCAGGAAGACGGCGAGUCCUGAUGAUCACUACGGUUGGGUUAGCGGCAUCCUAUGCUUUAUGGGCCAUCUCAAGAAGCUUUGGUGUUUUCCUGAUUUCACGUAUCAUUGGAGGAUUGAGCAAAGGAAACGUCAGUCUGUGCACAGCGAUUAUUGCUGACCUACCUUCUCUUAGAAACCGCAGUAAGGGCAUGGCAAUGAUCGGGGUGGCCUUUUCUUUGGGUUUUACCCUUGGCCCGAUGGUUGGAGCUUACAUUGCAAUGAACACGACUGGUGACGAGCUCUUCUACGUGCGGCCGGCCCUCCUCGCUCUCCUUCUCUCCGUUAUCGACCUAAUAUUCAUAUAUCUACUCCUUCCAGAGACUCUUCCCAAGGAGAACAGGGUUCCAUCCAUGAUGGUUGGAUUUCAAGGGGCUUCAGACCUGCUCAGUCCUGUGUCCUUAUUCCAGUUCUCUGCAGUAACAAGAAGAAAGGACCGUCCUUCUCAAGAAAGUCUGUACAAUCUCCGUGUCCUGGGCCUGGUCUACUUCUUGUACCUCUUCCUCUUCUCUGGCCUUGAGUACACCAUCAGCUUCCUGACCCACCAGCGCUUCCAGUUCAACAGCAUGCAGCAGGGGAAGAUGUUUUUCUUCAUCGGAAUUACCAUGGCCGUGAUCCAGGGCGGAUACGCUCGGAGAAUCAAACCAGGAAAUGAAGUGAAAGCCGUCAAACAGGCCAUUAUUCUUCUCAUUCCAGCAUUCCUGCUGAUAGGAUUUGCAGGCGGCCUGACCACGCUGGGCUGUGGACUUCUCCUCUAUUCUUUUGCUGCAGCCAUUGUGGUUCCAUGUUUAUCCUCAUUGGUUUCAACAUAUGGCUCCGCCAGUCAGAAAGGCACAGUGAUGGGAAUCCUUCGAAGUCUGGGGGCUCUCGCCAGAGCUUUGGGGCCUAUCUUAUCAGCUACUCUAUACUGGCUGAUCGGCGCUGAAGCCUGCUUCACUCUCUGUGCCAUCUCAUUCCUGAUCCCUCUCGUAUACCUCAGACGUGUGAAAGUGACUGGAAAGGAAGAAUAAGAAGAUCCAGGGAAGGAGAAAACUCUGAAGACUACUGCACUAUGGAGGAUGACUAUGUCCUUGACCAAGUACUUGAUUGUUCCGAACCCCUACAGAGUAUAUAGAGCUAAUAUAGGGGUCACUUUCUGAAGAUACCAGCUCCCCCAGUAUUAGCUAUAACUGGGAGUAGUGAUCUGUAUUCCCAUCACUUGAACAUUUUGCUUAUUUAAAGCUAUGGGCAUCAUGUAUGAUCACGAUAUGGAUGAAGUGCCUUGACCAUAAACAUUCUGGCUUCCUGGUCCCAACUGGCUGAUCGGGGGCACAGGAGUAUAGGCUACACUGGUGGCUAUUUACCUCAGAUGAGCAGUCAUGCUUUUACGUGUUGUACAGAAUUUACCUUCAUGAUGGCACACUUGGUACAAGCCUUGGCGUCAUAUGUUUCAUUAGCCCCUUACAGCAGAACAGAAAUUAUGUACUGUAUAUAGGCAUUUCAUGGCAUACCUUCCAGGAUUGGGGCUGGCAGUUAGCACUAUAUAUAUGUGUAUAUAUACAUAAAGUUAUAUAUAAACUUAAAAUCACCCUCCAGUUGUAGAAAAAAAAAAAUCAUAAUUGGGGAACGAAUAAAACACUUACCUGACACAAUUACUUUUCAGCUGCAGAUCCACCAAUUCUCAGACUCCGCUUCUGCUACCCGAAAUGGCGGCACUGCUUCUCAGACUUCCUGGUGCACACUGUGCAUUUAAUAGUCCAAUACACUUCCUGCUGCCCUUGGAUUGGCCAGUACUGCACGGGUGCACAGUGCUGGCCAAUCAGGAGGGCAGGGCUAGACAAGAAGGAAGUGUCUUGGACUACCAAGUAGUCUAAGAAGAGGCGCGAGCAGAAGAGAAAAUUAAUUAGGCUGAAAAGAGAGGCACUAGGUAAUUUUUUUUGCUCGCUCCCCAAUUAAAUUUAAUUUUUUUUCUUGAAUCAGCAAGGUGAGGGGAUUUUGUACAUAGGUGUGUUGGCGUUUUAUACAUAAUUUGUGGCAUUCACAUUACCUACUGUAUGUUAUACAUAUCUACUGUAUAUAUGGUGCCAGGUGCCUGUACCACAUGUUGGGGGCUUGUAUUAUUAUUAUUUUUAGAUCAUUUUACAUGACUACAUUUAAAGGGACACGAAUCCUAAAUUGCAGCCGAUUUCUGAUUGUGGGACCAGGGUCUUUUUUGCACUUCCCUUUGAAGAAUGUUGCCGUUAGCAAUUCCAUAGCCUGAAAACGGGGAACAAUGGAUUGCAUUCACAUGUAUGGCUUUAGCUUUAGUGUCCCUCGAAAGUCUAAGGCCUCUUUCACACGAGUGACUCUUCCACGCAGGUGUGAUGCGUUAAGUGAACGCAUAGCACCCGGACUGCAUCCUGACCCAUUUAUUUCAAUGGGUCUGUGCAUGAGCGUUGUUUUUUACGCAUCAUUUAUGCGUUGCGUGAGACUCAUAGCCUGUUCUAUAUUCUGCUUUUUUACGCAGCCCAGGCCCUAUGGAAGUGAAUGGGGCUUCAGUGAAAAAACACAUUGCGUCCGGAUUGGAUGCUACGAGAUGUUGUUUGUAAGUCUUCCGUUUAUGUUUCACGUGUCUGAAAAACGCAUCAAAACUGAAUGCACCCGCGAGGAAAAAAACUGAAACGCUGAACGCAAUUGCAGACAAAACUGACUGAACUUGCUUGCGAAAUGGUGCGAGUUUCACUGAACGCACCCUGAGAG